AUGGCCGAAGUCGGCGAGGACAGCGGGGCCCGCGCCCUGCUGGCGCUGCGCUCGGCGCCCUGCAGCCCCGUGCUGUGCGCCGCCGCCGCCGCGGCCGCCGCCUUCCCCGCCGCCACGGCCCCCGCGGCCCCGGCGCCCGGGCCCGCCGCCCCGUCGCCGCCGCCGCCCGCCCAGCCCCCGCCGCCGCCGCCACCGCCGCCGCCGCCGCCGCCGCUGCCGGGCGCGAUCGCGGGGAGCGCGGGGGCCGCGGGCGCGGGGGGCGCGAUCGCGGGGGCCGCGGGCGGCGCGGCGGCGGGCCCGGGCACGGGGGCUGCGGCGGGCGAGGCCCUGGUGGCCGCGGCGGCCGCCUCGGUGCGUCGGAGCCCCGGGCCCGCGCUGGCGCGCCUUGAGGGCCGCGAGUUCGAGUUCCUCAUGCGGCAGCCCAGCGUCACCAUCGGCCGCAACUCGUCGCAGGGCUCGGUGGACCUGAGCAUGGGCCUGUCCAGCUUCAUCUCGCGGCGCCACCUGCAGCUCACCUUCCAGGAGCCGCACUUCUACCUGCGCUGCCUCGGCAAGAACGGCGUCUUCGUGGACGGGGCCUUCCAGCGGCGCGGCGCGCCCGCCCUGCAGCUGCCCAAACAGUGCACUUUCCGAUUCCCCAGCACGGCCAUAAAGAUCCAGUUCACGUCGCUGUACCGUCCGGAGGAGGCCCCAGCGUCUCCCCUCCGGCCCCUCUACCCGCAGAUCUCCCCUCUGAAGAUUCACAUUCCGGAGCCGGAUCUCCGCAGCUUGGUCAGCCCCGUCCCGUCCCCAACCGGCACCAUCAGUGUUCCCAACUCCUGCCCGGCCAGUCCACGUGGGGCUGGGUCGUCCGGCUACCGCUUUGUUCAGAACGUGACCUCGGAUCUGCAGCUGGCCGCAGAGUUUGCCGCGAAGGCCGCCUCGGAACAGCAGGCAGACACAUCCGGAGGGGACAGCCCUAAGGAUGAGUCGAAGCCGCCGUACUCCUACGCUCAGCUGAUCGUGCAGGCCAUCUCGUCUGCGCAGGACAGGCAGCUAACACUAAGUGGGAUCUACGCCCACAUCACCAAGCAUUACCCCUACUACCGCACGGCUGACAAAGGCUGGCAGAAUUCCAUCCGACACAACCUCUCUUUGAACCGUUACUUUAUUAAAGUCCCUCGUUCCCAGGAGGAGCCUGGGAAGGGGUCUUUUUGGCGAAUAGACCCUGCCUCGGAAGCGAAGCUCGUGGAACAGGCAUUCCGGAAACGGAGGCAGAGGGGUGUCUCCUGUUUCCGCACCCCCUUCGGGCCUCUGUCUUCCAGGAGCGCUCCAGCUUCGCCCACUCACCCCGGGCUAAUGUCCCCUCGUUCUAGUGGCCUGCAGACCCCAGAGUGCCUGUCUCGAGAGGGCUCACCCAUUCCACACGACCCUGACUUUGGGUCAAAGUUAGCUUCUGUUCCAGAGUACCGAUAUUCCCAAAGUGCACCUGGCUCUCCCGUCAGUGCCCAGCCCGUGAUCAUGGCCGUGCCUCCCCGCCCACCCAGCCUGGUGGCCAAGCCCGUCGCCUACAUGCCGGCGUCCAUAGUGACGGCACAGCAGCCGUCGGGCCACGCGAUCCACGUUGUGCAGCAGGCCCCCCCUGUCACCAUGCUCAGGGUGGUCACCACCUCCGCCAGCUCCGCCAAUGGCUACAUCCUCGCCAGCCAGGCCUCGGCAGGGGGCGCCCAUGAGGCAGCGGGCACAGCCGUGCUGGACCUGGGCAGCGAGGCCAGAGGCCUGGAGGAGAAGCCCACCAUCGCGUUCGCCACCAUCCCCACCGCCAGCCGCGUCAUCCAGACCGUGGCCGGCCAGAUGGCCCCAGGGGUCCCCGGACACACGGUCACCAUCCUGCAGCCGGCCACACCGGUGACCCUCGGGCAGCACCACCUCCCCGUCCGGGCCGUCACUCAGAACGGCAAGCACGCGGUCCCCGCCAACAGUUUAGCCGGCAGCACUUACGCCCUCACCAGCCCCCUGCAGCUCCUGGCAGCCCAGGCUAGUUCGUCCACGCCGGUGGUGGUCACGCGGGUGUGCGAGGUGGGGCCCGAGGAGCCAGCAGCAGCGGCCGCCACCCCAGCCACCCCAGCGACCCCGGCCACCGCUGCCACCUCUGCCUCUUCCACCGGGGAACCCGAGGUUAAAAGGUCACGUGUGGAGGAACCCAGUGGGACUGUGACGGCGCAGGCCGGGGUGAUCGCGGCCGCCGGCCCACAGGGACCCGGAACCGGGGAGUGACGUACCCUGUGUGUGGGCCGAGUGGGACGCUCGCCAAAAGGGAUUCUGGGGCCGGGCCCUGACCGCCGGCCUCCCGCCGCCCGCGGACCGUGACGAGGAGGCUCCGCGCUGACCUGCUCCCGGACACGCUCGUCCUCCUUGUUCUGUUUCCUGCCCCUGCUGUGGUUUAAAACAAAACCCAUAAACAAGUUCAGACAGCUGAUUGUAUGAUCCGGGAAUGCUUGUUUUUAUUUUCCUUCUCCUUUGCACCGUCUCCUCCCAGGCCUGCGGUCGAGGGCUGGGUCACGGGCCGGCCCGGCCACGCGCACAGACCAGGCUUCUGGAGCAGCCUUGGCCCCCGAGGACGACAGAGGCUGUGCGCAGGAGGGCCCAGCAGGCACAAGGCCCAUGAGCCGCCGAGCGGGAGGAGGCAGGAGAGAGGGAGGACCUGCCAAAGCUCAGACUGUCUCGUGGGGUUUGUGCCCUAAAGUAGCGACACGCAAAGUCUUGGCAUUAAUCGGGGGGAGGGGACUCUGGUUUGGCUUUGGACCCCAAAGACUUCUUGUUUCAUUGAAAUGAAUUGAGGCUUCAUCAUAGAUCUGAGAUAAACGCAGGAGUAAGCUCGUGUCUGUGAGGCCGUGUCUGUGGACGGCGUAACAGCUGUGGGUCUGGGCUGCGAGCCGACAUGAAUCCCGAGAAGAGCCGCCACCGCUGCUCCGUCUGCUAACUUCGAGAAAGAUCGGCGGCCGCCUGGAUUGCCCUUGGGGGCAGAAAGUUAUCUGGGGGAGGAGCGGCGCCCCUCACCUGGAGGCUCCAAAACUAGGAAUUGGUGAGCGCCAUGUCCUCUGCGGCCCGAGGCCCCGUGCCGGGCUGCCGUGGGAAGCGCUGGCCAGGUCGCUCCCACCACCUCUGUCACCGAGUCACACUGGCUUUACCACCCGUACCUCCUGCCGUAUGUCCCGCUGUCUCCCGUGCCUGCGGCACUGGGGCCGGGAGUGGGGGCCGCCCCUGCCUUUGGCUCCUGCGAACUCCUGGCCACAGGACCUGGCGAGUGGUACCACCUUCCCCAGGGAGGGUCCCCUGUGCUUGCAGACAUCCCCUGCUGCCUGGAGCGGUUCCCAGAGCAGGAAGAGAGCCCGCCAGAUCACAGUUCUCCAGCUCCUCGUGGAGAACGUUCUCAGGAAAUGUCAAGUGCGUCUGUGAAAAGUGACUCUGAACAUGGCCGGCCGCCCCGGCAUUGAACCCUGUGCGGCACAGCAGCCCCCGGCUCUGCACCGAAGUCCGGCGGGGACAGUUUUCUUCCUAGAAGUAGCCUGUCCUCAGCAUUGGUCCCCCACCCCCCACCCCAGCAAAGCUGCCUGCGCCCACCCACCCCGACAGCAGCACCCAUGAGAGCACGCAGUCCCGAGAAAACCGCUGAGAAGGGGAGCAGGCCUCACGGGCCACAUCAGAUACUGGCUUCAGAACAAGAGGAAAACCGUGGAACUCCACUUCCAGGCCGUUCACACAGGACUGGCUCAUGUGCCGUGCGCCCUGGCGGCAGCACUGUGGCUGGGCUGGGUGUGACAAGCCGUCUUGCCGCCACAGCCCGCAGCUGCUGGUUGCUGGGGACGCGUGCGGCCUGUCCUCCUCCCUGGCUCGUGGUGACAGCUGCCUUGGCAUCCUCAGAGCCCGAAUGAGGCAUUUCUACUGCACCAAACUUAAAGUGGGGAAAAAGCUCUCUUGUAACAUCCACACCCGUUGGCUUCAGUGACAUGGGCAUGGACUUGGCCAGUGUGUCGUCCGCAGUGAUGAGAAGUCGCACUCUGUUCCGCAUCAGUGUUUCCCGUUGCUUUAUGAACUUGGUCUCUUGUGGCGUGGGGUGUGUGCCUGAGCAGGCACACAAGUUGGGUGGAGGCUGAGGCACGCACGCGGGCGAUUCAGGUCCUUGCCUUGGGCCUUACCUCUAAGGGUCUGACCCCAAGACCUGCCUUCGGCUCGCCUGUUGCUGCUUCUUCCCCGUGGUCAUCGUUUACGGGGUCCUUGCGUGGGCGACUGCCCAGGUUUGUCCACCGUGCAGAAGCUGUCACCAUCUCCAGAGAACUCAGGACACUCAGCCACGGACGCGCAUCAGGCAUUUGCCCAGACUGAAAGCAUCAGUCUGGCUCUGACCCUUUGCUUUCCCAGCUCUUGAGAUGUUUGGGUUUCUGCUCAUUUUGGGUGAGGAUCGCACUAUCCAGGCAGGGGUUCCAUGAGGAGGGAGCGCGGAGAGGUCAGAAUGUCCGUGGCUGGUGUUGGGUCACGCGGAGAGCUCGCGCCUUUCCAGCUCCUGCUGGGGCUGGGAAGGGGACCCUGUGGGGUCCGCCCAGGCUGGCCCUUGGGGGAACAGCCACUCUGGGUUCACAGACAGUGAGCUUCUGCAUGGGUUUCUGGUCACCUCAUGCUGCCACACGUCCUGGGACUGGUACCUGAACGCCCGGGACGGCCCCCACCUCUGUGCCCUCAGAUCCAACCAAGGGACGGCCUCCCCAACUGGGAAGCAAGGGCACCAGGCCAGACGUCACCAGAGGACUGCGGCCCUCCGCAUCGGGGCUGCCUAUGACCCAUCACAAGCCACAAACACACCCGCCCUCCUAGAGAGCAGGCCAACCCUGACCAGGAUUGGGAGAAGCAGAAAUAGGUCCAUUCUGGCAUCGGGCAGUGUCACCGUGGCCUCAGGGGUCCGAGGACCUUCUUGAUCACCCCACGGUUCGCGCGUGUGUGAAGAGGUCAGCCAGGCCAAAGGUGAUGAGCCCACCUCCUCCGCGCCGUGCCCCGGGGCACGCAGGCCCUGUGCUCCCGGUACCAGGUGCCUCGUCUCGUCGUCCUGCUGGCCCGGUCGCCAUGUUUACCGGCACCAGAGACGGGAAAACACCCUCUCUGCCUAGGAAGGGAGUCACACACGUCACCCCUUUUCAGUAGUUGGGCGUUUCCCAGCAAGACAGUCUGCUAUCGUGUUGGAAGGGAGAGACUUGUACCCCAAGGUCACGGCAGUGUCACAGGGCCCAGCGCAUGGGGCAGUGUGGGACACUGAAGGCCGUGGAGAUGUGGCUCCUGGCGCCCCAGGGUGGACUCCUGAGCCGUCUGCAUCUAUCCAUGCGGACGCUCUCCCGAGCACCGCGUGCUAGCCGGGACCGGCCAGCCGGCACCGUGGGGAGUCAGACAGAUUGUCCCUUUACCACCAGCUCUGUAAAUUCUGACACGUUUACAUGGCGUGUGUCCCUCAAGGGGUCUCGACAGAUGCCGGAACAGCCCCGAGGGCUGGGACAUGGCCGUCGUGGCCCUGCCCCAUGCUCCGGGGAUGGCAGGGCCCCUCACCGGGUCUGCCAUGCAGAGCCACAUGAGGGCACCCGGGGCAGCGGGGUCUUUGUGCCCACGGCCAAGCCCGUCAGCUUCCCUCUCUGGCAGGUUCAUGUUUGAGGUUUGCUGUUUUUCUCUUUAAGAACCGAACAAAGUUGAGAAGACGAGGGGGGUUUUCUGCGUUGAUAAAAUGACUAAUCCGUGAUUCUCCAGCUGGGAGGGAACAAGUUCAGGGUGGGGGUGUUGGCACCGCUGGAGCGUGGGGGUCCCCACUUUGCCUCAAGCAGCCUGACCACAUAGGGUCCAGUGGGGACAUCCUGGUCCCUUUCCUGCCGCUCGCUGGGACUGGCGGAUGGCCGGCUUGAGGCCUCCAGCAUCACUGGGUCCGCACGCUCGCUUUCCUGAGAACAGGUCUCGGGCUCUCCGUGGAGCACUGCGAGGCGGGCACCCUCUCCAGAGGGAGUGACGCGAGUCCCCGCCCUGGAAGCCCUGCCGUGGGUCCAGAGUUCCGGAGAAAGAGCAGGCUCGCAUCUGGCCUUGGGGUCAGUUUCUUCAUAGAACAGAAACAGGCCUCAUGCAAAGAAGGGGGCGCGUCAUCGAACAUGAGAACGUGUCAGAGAAGAGACACGGCGCCCUGAGCUCUUGGAGCUCAGCUGUCAGUCCGGGGCGGUGAGCGACUGUGUGGGGCGCGGGACGCCUCGAGGGCCCACGGCCCAGCCCCCCGUCUGUGGGAGGACGCAGCUCCCCUGAAAGGGGCCUCAGGGCAGCCCAGCCCGUGGGCGUGGACGCCUGUGUCCAAGCGAGUCCGUAAGGGCACUCCUUGUUCUAGAACCAGGUUCUAGAAGCUGGGAGGCGGAAGGCCGCCUGACCUCGGCCCCACGGCUGGUUUGGCCAGAAGGAAAGACCGUUUCCCGCAGUCCCUCGCCAGCCGCCUUGACGAUCCUUCUGCCUCGGAGGGACAGUGCUCGGAUGAAAUCUCGCAGACCGGCUGCUCCAGACGGGCCGCCGCCCCUCACCCUGUUUCUGUCCAUCGUUUUCAGGUUGUUUCCCCGUUUUAUAAAGCCCUUUCCGUUUCAGAGCUGUUUCCCAAGACCUCGAUUCCCCCAUGAGGUUUUAAACGCUCAGGACGCGGCCAGGUGGGUGCGGGACGCUGCUGCGUUUUUACAGGGGACAGAACUGAAAGUCUUGGGAUUAGACUUGGGGCUCCUGCGUGUCCAUUCUAACCGCUGGUUUGGGCCCUCGUUGUUUCAACCGGGAGUGAGCGGAGCAGCGCUGUCUCUAAGGACAAACGCCACCAAGCACUUUGUCCAGUCCUGGCACCUGCUUGUCAUUGGGGUGCGCUUGGGGGAUGGGAGAAGCGGGGAUCCAGGACCGCGGGGGUGGGGGGCGGCCGGGAGCCCGCUGCAUGGGAGCUGUGUCCGCAGCCUACUUCCUGCGGAUUCUAGUCUCCCACCCGCGUCACAGGCAGGCCAGAGAGUCUCCAGGUGCCUCUCUCCUUUGCUCCAACCCUGUUAAUUUUUAAGGCUCAAAUACAAUUGGAAGAAUCCUGGCUCCUUCUCUGUUCGGGAAUUUUUUCUGGAAUAGUUAGUUUGAUUCAUUCAAAUACUUAUUGAUGGUUUUCUCCACAUCAGAAAUAGUAAAAAGUGCCCGGGAGGAAGGUUCUUAGCCGCAGUAAAGGGCCUUGCCCUUCUGAGCUGUCUCCCCGAGUCCCAAGGCGCGUUGAGACCUGGCCCCUGAACGCCGAGCCAGCGGGCUGGGCAGGAACGAGUCUGUGACUCCAAGCUGGGUUUUCCCACGUGAAGUUAACGGGCUUGUGGCCUCCUAAGCUCUUGGCCUCUAAGUUCUGUGUUAACUGACCCCCAUCUUUUUCUUUCUUUUUUUUUUUUUUUUAAAUAAUCCUUAAAAAUGGGAUUUAAAAUCAACACAUUUAAAAUUUGGCCCUUCCGUGCUUCUCUCCCAGCUUCCUUUCCGAAGGCUUUCUGGAUGCCCAUAUUCUUAAUUUACACGACUCGGUCUGUAUUUCAGGAUGGGGGUUGGGGAGGAAAGAAACAAAAGUGUGACCCCGACUCUCACUGGCGUCCGCCCAGUUCAGCCCCACGAGCCGCACGGGCCCCACAGACCCCUGCCCCCCGAAGCUCGGCCCGCGGGCGGAGGGAUUAAACCAGUACUGAGACUUGGUUUUCUUACCUGCUGGCAAUUCUGUAAAGAUAACUUGGGGGGCGGGUGUGAGGGGUGUGCGUGCGCGCGCGUGUGGGAGCGUUUUGUUUUUGUUUUUGUUUUUUACAGUGGCUGUCUAAAGUAUUUUCCACAGUACGUGUAAUAAUCAGUGCUUUAAAAGCGGUGGUACCCAUACGGUGGAAACCAGCUCACGGGAUCGAAGGCCCCGCCGUGCUGCUGGCUUCUGCCACCUGUGCACGCAUGGGCCCGCGGGAAGCCCCGGCGGUCCUGUCCUCAGAAAGACGAGAGGCCCACAGCAGCCGGGCCUGCCUGCGUUUUCAUUUCAAAUGGGAUACAGUAUUUUUUUAAUAAGGAGCCAUACUUUUUUUUAAAAGUUUGAGAUCUGAAUGUGAUUUCUAAUUGUAUCAGACAUUAAUGUUUUAAAGCUAUAACAAAGUUUAAGAUUUCUACUUGUUUUCCACUUAUUUUAACUGUCCUUUUAUCUAUUAAAUUGUUGUAUGUGGGUGGGGAAGUUCUGUUUCUCCCCUUAGCAUUUGUUUCUAUAACCAGAAAUAAAAUUAUAUAUUACAGAAACGA